AUGCAGAGAAAGAACUUCACAGAAGUGACAGAAUUCAUCUUUCUGGGAUUCUCUAUCUUUGGAAAGCACCAGAUAAUGCUCUUUGUGGUUUUCCUUACCAUCUACAUUUUAACUCUAACUGGUAAUGUCGUCAUCGUGACCAUCAGCCAUAUUGACCAUCAUCUCCACACACUCAUGUACUUCUUCCUGGGCAUGCUGGCUAGUUCUGAGACUGUGCACACACUGGUCAGUGUCCCACAAAUGCUUUCUGGUCUCCUUUUCCCUAACCAGCCCAUCUCCUUGUCAGGCUGUGCAACUCAGAUGUUCUUUUUUGUCAUCUUGGCCACUAAUAAUUGCUUCUUGCUCACAGCAAUGGGCUAUGACUGCUUUGUGGCCGUCUGCAACCCCCUGAGGUACACAGUCCUCAUGAGCAAAGGAGUGUGUGCUACGUUGGUAUGUGGGUCCUUUGGCACUGGCCUGGUUAUGGCAGUUCUCCAUGUGGCAGCCAUGUUCAGUUUGCCCUUCUGUGGCACAGUGGUGGGGCACUUCUUCUGUGACAUUUACCCAGUCAUGAAACUCUCUUGUACUGAUACCACGAUGAUCAAUUAUGGUGUUAGUUCAUUUGUGAUCCUGGUCUCUCUGGGCUUGAUCUUCAUCUCCUAUGUCUUCAUCGUCUCCACCAUUCUCAGGAUUGCCUCUGUUGAGGGCCGGAAGAAGGCUUUCGCCACCUGUGCCCCCCACCUUACAGUGGUCAUUGUCCACUACGGCUGUGCCUCCAUUGCCUACCUCAAGCGCAAGUCCGAGGAUUCUGCAGAACAAGACCGUCUCUCAGUGGUGAUGUACACCAUCAUCUCUCCAUUGCUGAACCCUGUUGUCUACAGCAUGAGGAACAAGGAGGUCACGGAUGCCCUACGCAGAGCUGUGGGCAAAAAACUUUUCUCAACAGAUUGA